AUAUAAUUAGUAUCUUUGUAUAGAGACAACAGUGAAGAAAACACGAGGACCUACACAAUGCUUGAAGAUUCAUGCAAGACAGUUGGAAGAUAGAGAACAAAUUACUCUAGAUAGUGAAGGAGAGGCAAUUGGUCCGACUGAUGAAGCUGUAAACAACUUGAGCAAAUUUUUGGGCACAGUGGCAAGGAAUUCAGAUUUUUGUCCAUUAAUUUACACAAAUUGGAAGGGGAUUAAAGAUAAAGAAGCCAUUUGGGAAUAUGUUCAAGCUAAAUUCAUUAUUCCAACUGAAGGAAAGAGGAUGGUCCUUGCUUGUAUCAAUGACAACUGGAGAAGGUAUAAGACUACAAUAAAGCAAACUCAUUUUCUGCCAUACAAAUGUGUUAAUGAGAUGCUGAAAAAUCGUCCUAAGAGCAUACCUGAGAGUCAUUUUCGCAAGUUAAUUGCUUAUUGGAGAACUGAGAAAGUUAAGAAAAUGUCUACGCAGAAUAAGAAAAAUAGGGCACAACAGAAAUUUAGGCAUCGAAAGGGACCAAUAAAUUUUGCAAGAAUACGUGCAAGAUUGGCUGCUUCUAAGAAAAAUAAUGAACCACCUACUCAAGCAGAAAUGUUUGUUGAGACUCGCCAAAGCACAAAGGGAAAAUCAUUGGAUGAAGACACUCUGGAUGUUAUUGUAAGUAUUAAUUAGGAGUUAAUUUGGUUAAAAUAGGUUAUGGAUUUCUUGUGUCUUG